CUAGAAAUUCCCAUUUCUCACAUCCUCUCCAUCACUGUAUCUCUCUCUUUUUCUCUCUCUAGUGCUCUCUCAACCUGCAAGAAAAAGCCUUUCUCUGAGCACCAUUGUUAUCUCUUCCACCCCAUACUCAAUACUCAUCCCCUUUGUUUCUUCUGCUUAAAUCAUGGCUGCUUUAGUCUACAUGGUGCUCAUUUUGGCCAUGGCUGGUCAUUCAAGUGCUAAUUGGUGUGUUUGCAAAGAUGGGCUUAGCGAUGCUGUCCUGCAGAAAACAUUGGACUAUGCAUGUGGAGCUGGGGCAGACUGUGGCCCUAUCCAUCAAAAUGGUGGUUGUUACAACCCCAACACUGUAAGAGCUCAUUGUUCAUAUGCUGUCAACAGCUUUUUCCAAAAGAAAGGUCAGGCUCAAGGAACCUGUGAUUUUGCUGGCACUGCCUCUGUUGCCACAUCUGAUCCAAGCGCUUCUGGUUGUGUCUAUCCUUCUAGCAUCAGCUCUGCGGGCACCAGUACAACCCCUUCCACGACAACUCCCUCAACCACACCAUCAACCACAACGCCCUCAACCACGCCAUCCACUACAACACCCUCAACUACAACACCCUCAACCACUUCACCUUACACUGGGACACCUUCUACUGGGGUAUAUGGCGGCAUUAACAGUGGUGUUGGCCCAUCAGGAGCUGGCAUCAACACAGACAUCAGUCAUGGUGGGUUUAUGCUUCAAAACACUUGCAUGUUCUCUUUCUUUAUAACCCUCUGGUUUUCAGGCUUGAUGCUUUUGUGGGGUUGAAGAAACAAAGAACUAGAUGUGGUGGUGGUGGGGCAGGGUGGUGAAAGGUGGAUGUUGAAGAAUUGCGCAGUGGUGGUGCAAUGCAUGUGAUUCUACUGUUGUUUUGUGGGAAAUCAUCUAAAGACAGCCUUGCUAGGUUUUUGUUUUUUUCUUCCCCUUCCUACUUGGUAAAAAAAAGAUGGCUUUUGAUUCCUUUUGGGUUGGGGUGGGGUUGCUGGUGGGACUGCUCUCUUCUCACUCUCUCUCUCUUUCUCUUUCUCUCUCUCUCUCUCUCACGCUGUGUACUCUGUACCCUUUUUCCCUUUUUGUUGUACAUCUAGAUCUAGAGAGGCAGUAAUAUAUUAAUUUGAUGAGAAGUUGGUGCCUCAUUUUCCUAUUGGUAUUCAUGAUCUUCAAGGGUCUUUUUCUUUUUA